UCCCUCCCUCUCUUUUCGAUGGUUGACAACUUGACGUGCUGUUGUUUGGUUUUUGGUUAAGUAAUUCGUAGAAAAUGGCGCAUUUCGCGUCGGCUAUGCCUAAUCAGGAGUUUUUAUGGGAUAUAUUUCAAAGGGUAGACAGAGAUCGAAGUGGAUACAUUUCGGCCGAUGAGCUGCAGCAAGCUCUUUCUAACGGGACGUGGACGCCAUUCAAUCCAGAGACAGUUCGUCUUAUGAUUGGAAUGUUUGACAAGCAAAAUUUAGGUAAAAUAAAUUUUGAAGAUUUUGGCGCACUUUGGAAGUAUGUGACUGACUGGCAGAACUGCUUCCGAUCCUUCGACCGAGACAAUUCGGGCAACAUAGACGGCCAGGAGCUGAAGACUGCGCUAACAUCGUUUGGGUACAGGCUGUCUGACAACACUGUCAACCUUCUAGUGAGGAAGUACGAUAGACUGGGCCGAGGGACCAUAUAUUUCGAUGACUUUAUCCAGUGCUGCAUUGUGCUUCAUACUCUGACUGCGUCAUUCCGACAGCACGAUACAGAUCAAGAUGGGGUAAUUUCUAUUCAUUAUGAGCAGUUCCUUGGUAUGGUGUUUAGUCUCAAGCUGUGAAUGAGUGUGAUAAAAUGGUUAAGGGCGACACUGUUCACUUCAUAAGUAAGAUAACUUCAACACAUUCAGCUCUUAUAAACACAGAGUUCUAGGUAGUAUUUUUGUAUGUAUGUGCUGCAGCAUUUUCUGCUUCAAGAGAAUUUUUUUUAUACACAAUACCCCACACACAAGCAUUCAUGUGUGGUCAGAUGAGAUAUAUCCCCUUCUUUCUCACAAUAAAUUUACAAUAUUAAGACAUUUAGAUGCCAGUUGCUGUUGUGAAUGUGUAUGAUUUUGUUUGUGAACAUAAUAAUGGCCCGGUUUUAUCACCCCUAACUAAAACUAGAAUUUGGCCAGCCAGCCGAUAGGUCUAACAUCUCGCCACACAUACAACUGUUUUACCUCUGUUUUGAGCCUUCUAGUUUAACAGUUGCGGAUCAUAUUUGAUGUGUAUUUAUUGUGGUAUAGUACAAGAGUUACUAAAAAAUAGUGACUAGUAAUUGAUUGAUUUUUUUUUUUCAAUUCUAUAUA